AUGGCCUCGACAGCGGCAGCAGCAGCGGCAUCAACAGCCAAGGCAAUACACACUCUCUCCAAGCCCUGGCGAGGCCUCCUCAUCGGCGCUCCAGGAGCAGGCAAAGGCACCCACUCAACCGCUCUAAGCAAUCGCUAUCCCUCCCUCCUCACGAUCUCUUCCGGUGAUCUCCUCAGACAAAACAUUGCUGCAAAGACUUCGCUGGGACUUACUGCGCAGACCGCCGUCGCGAAGGGCGAGUUUGUGCCCGAUGAAGUCAUGAUCGAUUUGGUGCUCGGAGAGUUGAGGGCUAGGGGUGGAGUGUAUCCGGAGGGGUAUGAUGUUAGGGCGAGCGAGGAGUUGGAGCAGAGUUGGGUGUUGGAUGGGUUUCCUAGGACGGGAGUUCAGGCGCAGAGGCUGGAUCAGGUGCUGGAGCGGAGCAAUGCUGCGUUGAAUAUGGUGGUGCAUUUGGAGGUGCCAUUUGAUGUGAUCUUGGAAAGAAUUGCGGGUCGGUGGAUCCAUGCGCCCUCUGGACGUGUCUACAACACCGGCUAUAAUCCACCUGCUGUCGCAGGAAAGGACGACGUGACUGGUGAACCCCUCACCAAGCGUCCAGAUGACAAUCCGGAAACUUUUAAGAAGCGAUUGACUGUGUUCAAGGAAAUGACCGAGCCGUUGUUGGAAUACUACGAGAAGAAGGGUGUUUUGUUUACCGCACGGGGACCUACCAGCAAGAUCGUUUGGCCGCAGAUAGAGGCAGAGAUGAAGAGGCGUUUUGAGUAA